AUGAGUCAAGCGCAAAAUGCAACAGGUUAUGGGCCCAGAAGAGAUAUUCCUGGGAGAUAUGGGAGACUUUUGUUCGAUGGAGAUGAGAGAAAGUACGAGCAAUGGGAAAUUAAAUUCCUUGGCUACAUGCGAUUGCAAAAGUUGAGAGAUACAAUUGUGGCAUCCGACGAAGAUGAGGUUAGUGACGAUAAGAACGCAGAAGCUUUCGCGGAACUUAUCCAGUUUCUUGAUGAUAAAAGCCUCUCACUGAUUAUGAGAGAUGCUGUUGACGAUGGGCGAAAAGCAUUGAAAAUCCUAAGAGGACAUUAUGCUGGAACUGGUAAGCCAAGAAUCAUUUCGUUGUAUACUGAACUUACAUCCUUGGUAAAAUCACCGCAUGAAACGGUUACUGACUAUGUUAUAAGGGCAGAAACUGCAGCGGCAGCCCUCAAAAAUGCUGGUGAGAAUGUAACUGAUAGUCUUUUGAUUGCUAUGGUUUUGAAAGGUCUACCAGAAACUUUCAAGCCCUUCACUGUAGUAAUAACGCAAAAUGAAAAGAAACAAACAUUUAGUGACUUCAAAGCAGCAUUACGAAGUUUUGAGGAGACCGAACAAGCUAGAGCAAGCAAUUCUACUGAGGGAGACUCGAUUUUGCAGACAAUUAAUAGACAUAAACAAGAUUCAUUCGGUAUAAAGGGCAAGAAACUUUGCUAUUCUUGUGGCCAACCAGGUCAUUUUGCUCGUCAGUGUCCAAAUAAAGAGAAACCCAAGAACAAAUUGUGGUGUAAAACUUGCCACAGUUCCACACACAAUGAUAACACUUGUCGUAAAAAUAAAAAUAAAGGCAAAAGCGAGAACAAUAAAGCUAACAAAGCUUUGAAUGUUGAGCAGGGAGAACAUUCAUUUGCCUUCCAGAUUAAAGCACAGCAGGGUGUUAGCAAGAUAAAUGUAGAACUCCCGAGCAAACUUCUGGUGGCUUGUGGUGCAACUACCCAUAUUAUUACUGAUCAAUCCAAGUUUCCAGCUUUGACCAAACAUUCAGACCAGAAUCACAUUACAUUGAACUAGCUGAUGGGACUCGAUCAAAUAAUGUUGCACUCAAGAGAGGAAAUGUGAACUUGCCUAUCACGGAUUCUAGAGGAAGAUGUGUCAAUGCCUCAUUAAAGAAUGCUCUGUACAUACCAUCAUAUCCUCAGGACAUAUUUUCAGUACAAGCUGCCACUGAGAAAGGUGCUAGUGUUAUUUUCCAUCCGCAGUCGGCAGAGCUAAUCAGCAAAGAUGGUACAAAGUUUAAUAUUGAGAAGCAUGGUAAACUAUACUAUUUACAUGUAGGACCACAUAGUGAUAUAGAAAACUCUGACUCAGUAAAUUAUACUAGUGAUUUAAAGGGCUGGCAUGAAAUACUUGGUCAUUGCAACUAUGAAAAUGUAGUGAAGAUCCAAGAUGUAGUUGAUGGCAUGAAGGUAAGUGAUAGUAGUAGUAAACCAGAUUGUGAUACUUGUGUUUUAGGGAAAAUGACUCAAAGUAGGAAUAGAAAUCCCGAUGUUCGAUCUAAAGCCCCUUUAGAGCUUGUGCACACUGAUCUUGCUGGUCCAGUUGACCCUAUGUUAAAGGAAGGAUUUAGAUAUACUAUAGCUUUCACUGAUGAAUAUUCAGGUGCUGUGUUUGUGUAUUUUCUUAAAAAUAAGAGUGAUACUGUCGAGGCCACAAAGAAAUUCCUAGCUGAUUCUGCCCCAUAUGGAAAUGUUAAACGAUUAAGGUCAGAUAAUGGUGGUGAAUUUAUUUCCAAUAAAUUUAAAUCUCUUCUAAGUGAAAACAAAAUAAAACACGAGACCUCAGCACCUUACUCGCCUCACCAGAAUGGGACAGCUGAGCGUCAUUGGAGGACCCUAUUUGAGAUGGGUAGAUGUAUGCUUAUUCAGGCAAAUCUAGGUAAAGUGCUAUGGCCAUAUUCAAUUAUGGCAGCCGCAUACAUCAGGAAUAGGUGCUACAAUAAUCGCCUAAAGCAAACACCCUAUUUUGCUCUUACUGGUCGAAAGCCAAACUUAGCAAAUAUGAGAGUGUUUGGCAGUGUAUGUUAUGCUUAUGAGCAGGAUAAGCAAAAACUAGAUUCCCGGUGCAAAAAGGGUAUUUUCGUGGGUUUUGAUAAGGAUAGCCCUGCUUACUUAGUGUACUUUUCAGAAACUGGAAAAGUACUCAAGUACAGGGUAGUGAAAUUCACUACAAAGAAUGUUAGUGAACAGGAAACCCAAACCGAGGACACAUCAAGUGUUGAUUUUAGGAUGUCCCAGGACAAUAAUGGUCCAUGUAAUUCCUCGGAUGUUCAGAACCCAGGGCCCACCCAUGAAGGCCCUUGCCAACAGACCGAGGAGUCUGAUGAACCUGAUCAACAGACUGAAGAGUCUGAUGAGAGUAAGGCAGAUAUGAAUUUACAAUCUGAUGAUGGUAUAGGUCACUCACGACGUGAAAGAAAACCCCCAUCAUAUCUUAGUGAUUAUAUUACAAAUGUCCAAAUUGGGACAGAUCAGGUAUCGGGCGAUGUUGAUUACUGUUAUAAGGUAUCAGGUUUUCCAGAAACAUAUCAGGAAGCUAUAGAAUCUCCUGAUGCAGAGCUUUGGAAAGCUGCAAUGAGGGAGGAAAUGAAUUCUCUAAAUGAGAAUAACACAUUUACUUUAACAGCAUUGCCAGAGGGUCGGCAAACAGUGGGCGGUAGAUGGGUGUACACCAUCAAGGAAAGCCCAAGCAUGGCUAAAAGAUAUAAAGCCAGAUAUGUGGCAAAAGGUUAUAGUCAAAUAAAAGAUAUUGACUAUCACGAAACUUUUGCUCCAACUGCAAAUCUAACAACAAUCCGAGCUUUAAUGCAAAUUGCUGCAAAGCAGGAUUUAAUUUUACAUCAAAUGGAUGUAAAAACUGCGUAUCUCAAUGCUCCCAUUGAUUGCGAGAUAUACAUUGAGCAGGCUGAAGGUUUUGAAACCCCUUCCAAUUCUGGAGAGAAAUUGGUAUAUAAGUUGAACAAAUCUUUGUAUGGUUUGAAGCAAUCCGGACGGAAUUGGAAUAGCAUGUUGCAUAAGUAUUUAAUCGAAAACAAUUUUGUGCAAAGUAAUGUUGAUCACUGUUUGUAUAUCAAACACGUUGAAGGCAAACUCGUGAUCAUACUCGUGUGGGUUGAUGAUUUGAUCAUUGCUGCGAGAAAUGAUAUCUUAAUGUCUGACACAAAGCAAAUGUUGAAAGAUAAAUUCCACAUGAAAGACCUAGGGAGGCUUUCAUAUUUCUUAGGUAUUGAUUUUAAGCAAGGGGUAGAUUAUGUUAGAAUGAACCAAAGAAAGUAUUUGGUAAAGCUGCUGGAGAAAUUUGAAAUGUCUAAUUGCAAACCUCGUACUACCCCUUCAGAGCAAAAAUUAGAAUGUGACGGUGAAAAUCUUACUGACCCUAGGAGGUAUCGUGAGCUUAUUGGUAGUUUGAUUUAUGCAAUGACAUGCACUCGACCUGAUAUAUGUUGGAUAAUAACGACAUUAUCACAGUAUUUGUCGAGACCUCUUAAAGAACAUUGGAUUGCUGCUAAGCAUGUAUUGCGAUAUUUGAAGGGUACUCUUGAUUAUGAGUUGUCUUACAGGAAGUGUGAUGACGAUCUUAGGUUGAUUGGUUAUAGCGAUGCUGAUUGGGCUUCUUCCACCCACGACAGACGAAGUAUUAGUGGGUACUGUUCUAGUUUAACUAAGACUGGGCCUUUGAUUUCUUGGAAAUCAAAUAAGCAACGUACCGUUGCCCUUUCAUCCUGUGAGGCAGAAUAUAUGGCUUUAGCUGCAACAGUACAGGAAGCCUUAUACCUAGCGCAGUUAUUAGAUGAGAUUAUUGAAAUUUGUAGUCCAGUUCAGAUUUAUGAGGACAAUCAGGGUACGAUUGCUUUAUCUAAAGAUCCUGUCAAUCGUCAGAGAUCUAAACAUAUUGAUAUCCGAUAUCAUUUUAUUCGUUCCACCAUAAACGCAGGUAAGGUAAUUGUAAAUUAUUGUUCUACUACUGAUAUGAUAGCAGAUAUAAUGACAAAAGCAGCUCCACGUUGCAAAUUACAAAAAUUUAAAAACUUUAUAUUUGGCGUUUAA